GAAAAAUGUUAUCGAAGGUGACAUCCGACGUGUCGAUAACGAACAAAGAAAAUCUGAUAAUGUUAGCGUACGUGGGCUUUCAAGCGACAAGCAAUUAAGAUGGGAAAAUGGCGUCGUACCGUACGUAAUAAGUGAUGAUUUUUGUAAGUAAAAUAUAAUUUUUGCCCUGUAUUGCUGUUCUUGACAUAUUGACAAUAUUGAGAGUUGAAAGUAUAUAAAAUUGAAAGUAUAUAUUAUGCAUUUACUUCUCCGCCUCUUGUUAUGGGGAUAGAGAAAAAAACAGCGAACGCAAAAUGUGUAAUAAUCAAACAACAGCCCUUCAUCACAAAGCUAUGAAUUUUUCAAAUUAUUGAAACGGUUUCUAAAAUAAACAGUGCACACCUCUUUGUUCUUACAUGCGCAGUUGGUUGGAUGAUUUAAAGUUUACGCGUCACACUUAGAGUGAAAUGAAUGGAAAAUAUCAUUCAUUAGCCCAUAUUUUAAGCGUGCAAUAGCAAACAAGGUAUAUUUUGUAUCGACAUUAUAGCGAUAAGCGAGUUCCUGUGGUUUUUUUGAACCUUUUUUUUGCAAGAUAUUUAGUCAAUACUUUCCGCAUAUAAUCCUUCUUUACAUCCUUCUUUCUUUACAAGUAUUUUCUUGUUUUCUACUAGUUCUAUCUUGUUCUCUACCAGCGCGAUCUUCCUUUUUCUCUGCUAGUGUCUCCAUGUUCUCUACCAGUGCCCUGUUGCAACAUUGUCCUUCAAAUUUAAGAUUUUUAUUUAAAUCUCCAGAGAGAUUGAAGCUAAUAGUAAGUUUGUUUGUUUUGCUUCUGCAUUGUACCUGCAUAAAACAGUAUCAGUAAUAAUUGUUUCUAGACAAUAAUGAACCAAUGAUGAUAGACACUGUAUAUGGUUAUGUUUAUGGAAUUUCGUGCAUUGUACUUCUGUGUGUGUACAUAUUGUUCUUUAGGUUUCAACACUGCAUACUAUACAUCUAUAUUGUAAUACCCUUAUUGUAAUACGUUUGUCUGUCUGUCUGUCAAGCAAAAUGGUAGCUUAGCUACAUAAGUAGGGAGACGCACGCAAUGCGGUAUAAAUAGGACGGGCAAACCCGUAAAUUUUUCCACGGGCUAACGACUAGUAUGAUAUAGCUAGCGCAAAUACUUGAUUUGAUACUUUUUAGUUUCGUUAUAUAUUUCGUAGUAUAUGAAGCUGGAUGUUCAUUGACUGUCAGCAGGGACACUUCUUAUCAAUAGUCGUCUGUCUCUGCCCAUAAUGACUGCAUCGCAACUUUAUUUCGGAUCCCUAAAUGAGUCAUAAUUUUUUUUUACUGCCCUUGAAUAAAUCGAGAGCAUUUUUCCUUUGACAAAAGCUCUGCUGAAAAAAAAAUGUUAGUCACCAUUUUGCUUCACAAACCUUUUUCUUUCCUUAUCACAAAAUUUUAAGCACAGAAAAAUCAACACAUCCGGUGUAAUGGGGAAUAAGGAAGCAGGGAAUUAAGACUUCAGAGUCAUAAUUCCUUAGUGAAUUAGGAUUUGCAGUCAUAUUUUCCUAGUGUUUUAAGACUUAGGCAGUUAUAAUUCCCUAGUAAUUUAGGAAUUCAUCGGUGAAUUAAAACUCCAACGUAAUGGUUUAUCAAAACCAUAACCAGCUAAUAAUUUGAACCAAUAUAGUAGAAAACUUAGUCCGAAUAAAUUCAUCUGCAUUCGAUAUUGAAAGCAACGAGAUGAAACUUUUUUUUAUAAAAAGCUAUAUUUCAUACAACAACGUGUACAUCUUUCAGGCAACUAAAAAUCUAUUAACAAGGCUUGCUUAAAAAGACGAUAAAAUGGUCAAUUAGUGACGAAAUAAAAUUAAGAAAAUAAGAAAAAUUCCCUAGACGCUUUUAGUUCGUUCUUAAGAAGAGGCCUAUGCUUUUUAAUAUGCAGUGCUUCUUUCAGUUAUAAGAUGUAACAAUUAACGGAUGUGUCAAUAACUGAUGUAUUGUUUUCAACAGAUGUAACAUUAUAGUUCCUUUGUUUGUCCUUAUCAAUUUCAGGUAAAUAAAAAUGCAUCAUUUUGUGAAUCAAUUUGCCUCCGCAAUGCUUUUUUGCAAUAUUUUUUUUAAAUAUUCCCAAUGCAUUUUUUUUCUAGCGGAAGAUCAAAAAGAAAAUGUUAUCAGGAAAGCUAUGCGUGGGAUAGAAGCUGUCAGCUGUAUUCAGUUUCGAGAAUAUUCUUCGCCACCAACUAGUCUUCCUUACCUUAACAUUUUAAGUAGUGAUGGCUGUUGGUCUUAUAUCGGAAAGAAUAGCGGUCCUGGAGUGGGUCAAGAGCUGUCACUAACAAUCUUUUCGUGCACGCUUCCUUCCAUUGCAACUCAUGAAUUUUUGCAUGCUUUGGGGAUGUUUCACGAACAAUCACGAAUUGAUAGAGAUCAGUACGUAAAUAUACAUACAGAAAACAUUAUUAAAGGAAAGGAGCAACAAUUUUCUUCUCAUAAUACAAACAGCCUAAAUUCACCGUACGAUCCAGAUAGCAUAAUGCAUUAUCCAAGGUGCGACUUAUUUUUCCUUUUAACUCUUUUUUUUUUGUUUCUUCUUUUUGUCCCUUUAUUUCAUCGUAUACCAACUGUGCCUAAGUCAUCAAGUUUUGUGUUUAGAAACGCUUUCUCAAAAAAUGAAAAACCUACAAUUACUUGGAAAAUUGAUCCAUCGCGAAAACUUGGAGGAAACGUUUUAACUGCCAGCGACAUAUAUCAAUUGAAUGCGUUUUACGAAUGCCCUUCCAUGCCAAAAACAACACCAUCAACAACGACAAUAGCAACCACACCAUCAACAACCACAACAACAACGACAACCACAACGAAAAAGCCGACUACAACGGCGAAAAAAACUAUGACUACAACAAGAAGGCCAACUACAACAAAGUCGCGGAAAGCAACAACAACUGCUUCUAGCUCAACAACAAUAGCAACCAAUCCGAAGACGCAAGUUCCACCUGGGAGAGUGGAAUGCUCCUUUCGUAACCAGAAAAAGAUUUCAUCGAUAUGCUAGUUGGUGUCAGUAAUCUUUCUUUAUAAAGUAUGACAUGUAAAGGAAUACAAAAUUUAAGGAAGAAAUGAAGUUGUGGUGUUUUUUCAGUCUCCUUCACAUAAGAAAAUACUAUGGACAUUUGGUUUGCAGCUUUUUCAUUUCUUAGUCAAAGUAAAUAAACCAGGGUUUUUCGCUACUUUAUUUUAACGUCGUAGAGAACAUUAGAAUGUAGCAGACCUUUACCAAGCCUUUCAUGCGCAUCCAAUGUAUCUUAUGGAAACAUGUUGUUUAUCCACAGAGAAAGGAAAGUAUUGAGUCGAAGAUGAUCGCAAAUUGUGCUCAUGUAGCUAGUUGUUCUAUCUAGAUAAUCUUUGUGAUAUUUUAUUUAAAGUAUCUGAUACAAUGUCGAAGAAAGUAGUUUCGGAAAAUCGGGUUUUAAUUUUUUAAACUGCCCUACCAGAAUUAAUUUCCGCG